AUGUUCAUUCCCCUCGCCGCACCGUUGAUGCUCACGGCCGCACCGUCGUCUGGCCCUCCGCCCCUUCCCAAAAACAUUAAAAUCAAGUCCAUCUCUGAAUGGCAGUACUACUUCAACUACAACUAUGGCGUGUUCCGCGCUCCGGCCAACCAGGGCGCCGAAGUAGAGGACCUCGACAUUGACAUUGCCUACGUUGAGGCUCAGACUCCCGGUGCGGCCAAGGAGCCCCUCUUCCUUCCCAAGGUCACGGUUCUCAAACUCCGCGGCGGCGAUAUGAUUGAUGACGACGACGAGCGCAUGGACUACCUCGCCGAAGUGCUUGAAGCCGUCAAGCCCAACGAGUUCCACUGGCUUAGUGAUGAAGCCGGUGGAGGUUACUCCCCCACGGCGCACCUCGUGCACCCCGCCGUCAUCGAGGCCGGCGAGCGCUGGUCCGAGAAGGGCAUGCUUGGCAAGCUCGUGCUGCGAGGAGGCUUCCCGAGCUCGACUUGCCCAGACACGACGUUGAUGAACCCCAACAAGGCCCUCGACUUUGCCUUUCGCAAGUGGUCCAUUGAGGAGAUUUGCUGGGAUCUUGACAGCUUUACACCAACUGCCUCCGUCACCAUUGUCCAGCACUACCUUCAGGCCGUCAACACAGAGUACUGGAAGGGCGCAUGCAAGCGCGUUCCCACACGCGCAUUGAUUUUCUCGUCCGUGCCAAAGGAGGCUCUCGAGCGCAUCCGCAACCUUCCUACCAAGAUUGGACUUGCGGAGCCAGCGGUCGAAUGGCUCCAGGACGUUCUCUUCGUCGGCAAUGGCCAGAGCGUGUCUCGCAUCUGGGGCGAUCACCCGCCGGUGGACGAGCGCCUCUACGCUCGUCUGCGUGCCGAGCUCCUUGUUCUCCAGGACCGCCGCAUCAUGCCCAUGGCGAUGCUCUGGGCGUGA